UCCGAAGAAUACAUGAGGGGGAUUAAUGGACGACCAGAAGAUUUGCAGGAUUUGCAGUAAGGCAUCGGUUCUAAAAUGCAGCGCGUGCGAGGACGUGUACUACUGCGGCAAGCGGCAUCAGAAGAAAGAUUGGGACGAGCAUUCGAAGCUCUGCAAACCCUUUAAGGUUGCGCGAAACGAGCUGCUAGGGCGGCACUACGUGGCCACGAGGAAUAUAAAGGCAGGAGAGAUUGUACUGAGGGAUGAAAAGCCGAUGGUGGACGGACCUAUGAACAAUUGCAUGCCAGUUUGCCUACGGUGUUAUACGGUAUUGAAGAAGAGUAUCGCCACUCCUUGUGAGAAAUGUGGCUGGCCUUUAUGCGGCAAAUGUAACGAGCACGGACUGGAAUGCGAAUUUACCACGUCGCGCAGGGAGACCAAGGUGUCUAUAACGGAGUUCGACUAUCCGCACCCUAGCUACCGAUGCAUAAGCGUGAUAAGAGCUCUGUCGCUGAAAACGAUCCGUCCAGAAUUGUACGAAAAAUUCUUGUCCCUAGAGAGCCACAGUAAUCUCGUGAACAACGAGGGCGGGUUCACAUUUGAACGGCCGUUGGACGUCGUCAGUUUCGUGAAGAGAUUCUUCAAGACGGAUGACAUUACAGACGAAGAAAUUAAGAAAGUGAUCGGUAUUAUACAGGUAAAUGGGCACGAGGUUCCUCUUACCGAGCCAGCAUACGUCGCGGUUUACGAGCAGGCGUCGUUGCUCGAACACAGUUGCCGGGCAAAUUGUUCCAAAAGCUUCACGGACUCCGGCGGACUCGUCGUCCACGCCGCAGUACCCAUCACCAAAGGGGAGCACGUGUCGAUAUGCUACACGGACCCUCUAUGGGGCACUGCGAACAGGAGGCAUCAUCUCUGGACGACGAAAUUCUUCGAGUGCGUUUGCGAACGCUGCAGAGACCCUACAGAGUUCGGCACGAUGUUCAACGGGUUGAAAUGCGAUCGGACGAAGUACUGCCAAGGAUGCAUGCUGCCGGCAAGCUUUCUGGGGUUGGAACCGAGCGACUACGCGUGCGACGUCUGUUUGUCGACGAAACCCAUCGAGGAAGUGGAGGGAACCUUAAUGGACAUCGGCUUACACCUUUCCGACAUGAGGAAGCACGACGUCGUGGUCUGCAGACAUUUUCUUCAUCACUAUAAAGACGUUCUGCAUGAAAAUCAUUAUUACAACGUCGACGUGACGGUGGCGCUGAGUCAACUGAUCGGGCAGCAGGCCGGAGGACUGGCGACCGUCGAGGAAAGCUUUCUAAGCGAGAAGAUCGAUCUUUGCAAAAAGCUGGACUGCUUGCUGAGGACGCUGGUUCCUGCCGAGAACCGGGUGCGGGGGCUGAUACUCUUCGAGCUGCACGCGGCUCUCGCCGAAGUCAGCAGGAGGCACCCCGAGGCUGACAAUAUCAACACGUUGUUGGAGGGUGCAGUCGAAGUGUCUCCGAAGUUUCAUAACGACAUCUGUAACGAUUUAGAAUUUACGAACGAGAAACCAAGUAGAGUCGAAGAGGGCGUUGGCCGAUGCUUAUCAGCUACUGAAGUACGAGCCGAGGUGUCUGCCGGAGGGGAAGAUAGCUUAUCAGGCCGAGAGAAAUCUGCGGGAGAUGAACAGUCUUCUCAAACGACUCAUGGCUGAAUAACUGAUUAGAAACGUGUGAAUAAAGAUUAAAAAUUAGAAGAUUAUGUAUCGAAGGUCCCCGAUCCCAAGGUACAACGACCUACUCUGAAUCCUUGAUCUUCAAAUGUCCUCAAGCUUAAAUUAAAUAUCUUCGGAUAUUGAAUUGAA